AUGAGCGACAGCGAUAAAUACCAGGUUGAAGAGCCAGAACUUGCCCCCGACGACCCCAUGCGGAACUUUCUGCCCACGUCGUUCGGCAAAAGGUCCAAGGAGGCCAACAUUGCUACCCAGAUAGAGCAGUCAAGGAGGCAGGUGGAGGCUCCAGUGGCUUCGAAGAAGGCCGCGUCUGGAACAGACAGUGACAGCGACAGCGACAGCGACGAUGAUGACUCGGACGACUCGGAAGACGAGGACAAGUUCCCCGUCUCACACGAACUGGUCCUCCACACCCAUGACCGCGCAAUUACAACCGUCGCCCUGGACCCGGCUGGCGCCCGAAUGCUCAGCGGCUCCCUCGAUGGCACCGUCAAGUUUCACGACUUUGCAGCCAUGACGCCAACCACGUUGAGGGCUUUCAAAAGCGUAGAUCCAUGGGAGGCAAAAAAGUCCUCCAACGCGCCCGAUUCGCAUCCGAUCCAACACAUAGCGUUCAGCCCGCUCUCCGGGAGCGUCUUUCUCUGCAUUACGGCGCACCCCCAGGCGAAGAUAAUGUCGAGAGACGGCGAUGUGUUGACUGAAUUUGUCAAGGGCGAUAUGUACCUGCGCGACAUGAACAACACCAAGGGCCACGUGGGGGAGAUUGCGGCCGGCGCAUGGCAUCCCACGGACCAGAACAUCUGCGUCACGGCUGGUUCAGACAGUACUUUGAGAAUAUGGGACGUCAACAACAAGAGAAGUCAGAGAGACGUGAUUGCCUUCAAGUCUAAGGUGGUCGGCACCGCCGGUCGCACAAGGAUGACGGCCGUCGCAUGGGGCGCACCGGCCCAGGGCGGCAACCCUGUUCUGGUGGCGGCCGCACUGGAUGGGUCUCUGGUCAUGUACAGUGGCAAUAGCCCAUUCAACCGACCCACAGCAGAGAUUCGCGAUGCACAUAAGCCUGAUACCUGGACUGGAGGAGUUGAUAUCAGCUCUGACGGGCGAAUGGUCGUGACGCGAGGCGGCGAUGGCCUGAUCAAACUUUGGGACACUCGCAAGUUCAAAGAGCCGCUGGUCAAGGUUGAGCAUGCGUCUACCUCUGACCGUUUCCCCAUGACCAACAUUAAAUAUGCCCCCAACUCGUCGUGCAUCAUCACCGGCUCCGCCUCGGGCCACCUCCACAUUCUAAAUCCGGGGAAUCUCAGAGUAGAACUCGUCACACCGGUUACCCCUGGAGCACCGCUCAUUGUGGUGGACUGGCAUGCCAGGCUUAACCAGAUCGUGACGGGCUCGGCGAAUUCGGAAACGCAUGUGCUGUAUAACCCCACCAUGUCGACUCGCGGUGCGCUUGAGGUCAUGACGCGCGCUCCCAAGAAGCGACACGUCGACGACGACCCAGCUUUCACCAUGGACCAAAGCGCCGGCAUAUCGGCCGACUCGAUAAUCACACCGGGCGCGAUACAGGGGACGAAGCGCGGGGGAGUGACAGCGUCCGGGAAGUCUCGCGACCCGAGGAGGCCGCAGGUGCAACAGAUCACGCCGUUCAUGAGGAGUCAGCCGGACGAGAAACAUAUUUCGGAAAAUAUCCCCCUGAGUCGCAUGCUGCACGAGGAUCCUCGAGAGGCGCUCUUGAAAUACGCAGACAUUGCGAAAAAAGACCCCAAGUUCACGGGCGCUUGGAAAAGCACACAGCCUGUCACGCAGUAUGCUGAAAUAAGUGACGACGAGGCUGACGGUGGACCGAACAAGAAGGUGAAAAGAUAG